AUGGCCAUGUUGCACAUCAACAGAUUCUUCGUCUCCUUGGUGGUGAUGGCCGUGGGUACAGGGCUGCUUCUCCUCCCGGCUCGGGCGCAGGCAGCAUCUUUUGCCGUCUGCGCUCUCGUCGUUCUUCCAGUUCUUUUGGCCGGAGCAUUUCGGGAAUUCCUGCGAUUUGUUGCCAGUUCGCCUCCGUCAGAGCUGCUCGGAUCAUUUGCAGGCUUGCUGACUGCAGUGCUUGCCUUUGCCUUUCUUUGGCAAGGGGCAGACGGCCUUCGGUUGCUCCUCGGUGCCGCGCUUGCCGUUCUACUCGGGGACUUGGUGUUGGUGGCCAGCUGGUUGCCGCUGCCGGAGGCCUUAGCGGCUCUGGCCGCCAUGGCUCUUGGCUACGCCGGCGCCGCGGCGGGUCUGUACCGGCGCCGGGCCACCCAGGCCUUCGCGAUGGCGGUGCCAGCAGCCUUGUUGCUGCCUGCCGGUUUUCUUCUCUUCUUGGAAGCCCUCGGCCGGUCGGAGGCGUACUUAGACGACAUUGUGUCGGCCUUGCUGCCUUGGGCAGACAAGCACAGCGAGAAGGUUGUGGGCAGCACCUUCUGCGAGUAUGGGCGCCUCGCGUGGCUUCUGCUUCAGCUGCCAGCGCUAGUGCAUCUCCUUACGGCACCAGGAAUGGACGUGGCCCCGUUCCCAUGGGAGAGCGAAGAGCCGGCGAAAACCCGCGCUGUGCCGGCAGCAAGCCCGCCCGAGGAGCCUGAGGAGACAGAGACCAACGCCGACAAGGCUGCCGAAGCUGCGGAGGCACAGCCAGAAGUGGCAGUGACGCCCGUCCCUUCGAUGCCUUCACAGCCGGUAGGGGGCUUGACCUCUGCACAGCAAGCUGCCACUAGCAGCCUCCUUGUGCAUGUCCGCAACGUGUCGCUUCCCCCAGGCUGUUCCCGAGCCUGA